AUGCAGGGCCUCAUGUUCCGGUGCAGCACCAGCCGCUGUGAGGACAGCCAGGAUUCCAUGCAGCAGGUACACCAGUGCAUUGAGUGCUGCCAUGCACCUCUGGCUCAAGCCCAGGCCUUGGUGACCAGUGAGUUGGAGAAGUUCCAGGACCAUCUGGCCUGGUGUACCAUGCAUUGCAAUGACACAGCCAAAGAUUCAAUAGAUGCUGGGAGUAAAGAGCUUCAGAUGAAGUGGCAGCUGGACAGUUGUGUAUCCAAGUGUGUGGAUGACCAACUAUGA